AUGCCAUUGAUCGAUCCUGUCACCAUGUCCGGAAUCAACCCAGUAUCUGGAGAUACCUCCAAAUCCAAAUCAUUCCCCACAGAGUUCCUUUCUUCAGAUAUGGCUCGUAUCGUCACCCACAUCCAGCCAGCUAUCCUUUUAUCUGCAUAUUAUUUCCGAUUCAAUGCAUUGGUCGCAGACCCAGUACACACCUUAUUACACUCGCUGUUGCCUGUCGCAUUGUUGCAGGUAGCCUAUGCCGUUGUAUGUUUACCAGCUGCUGGGUCAAAUAUGGCGAAGAAAUUGAAGCCGGGAGAGAAGCGAAAGGGAUUGGAGGGCGGAGAGUAUAAUCAUAAGAUAUUUACUACCAUAUUCGCUCUCAUUCUAACAGCCACAACCGUCCCUGCCGUCACAGCUCUGCAAAUCCUCUUUGGCGCUCCCUUCACCACCCACAUCGAACAUACACUUCUUUCUUCCGCCCACAUCUCGCUUCUAGCACUCUUCCCCCUCUACUACAUCCAUGGUGUGGAUUCAGUUCGAUGGCUCGAAGUAGCAUCAUUGUAUGCGCCAAUUGAUGAAGUUUUCGGUGCGGCAUUAGGAUGUGCGCUUGGUGCUUGGUUGGGUGCAGUACCUAUUCCUUUGGAUUGGGAUAGGGAAUGGCAGAAAUGGCCUGUUACCGUUGUCACUGGAGCAUUUGGGGGGUAUGUGGUUGGGAAGUUUGUUGGAGGGUUCGCGGGGUUGAGGGGAAAGAGAAUUGAGUUUGAGUAG